ACAGCCUCUCGUGGACAGCCUUCCCCUUCCUCCGCCGUGCAUCACCGCCAGGCAUUGAUUGACCCGACCAAGUACAGUGCCCCCACGUGUCGGUUUUGGUCUGGGGCUUCGUUCUUGUCAACCGAAGCCUUUGUCCAAGGUCCUCUUGGAGCUGGCUGUUCCAACAGUUUUAACAUCCACUCCACCCUGCGUCACCGACCCGAACCAGACCAGAGCCUGAUCCUGAUUUUGGACACAAUCAGUUCUCCCCUCCUACCAUCAUCCAAGAACUUGGGCAGGUUUCGCUUUUGCAAACAUGCGUCUUCAUCGUCCUUGACCCUCUGCACCACAUCAUCGAUCCCUUUGGUCCCCCGAGGCCGUCUUGUGCAAGACCUGGUCCAACAUCUGCUUUCCGAGCGGGCAGCUUGAUUGACCGUCUUGCGAAGCCUCCCACUGCGACAACGGCCUGGACCGUUGUCGCGUCUUGCCCUGCUUCAUCCCUCGUCCAAUAUCCCCAGUCCAUACCGUUCAGUGCUUGACAAGUGUUGCUGGGCUGUUUCUCCUUCCUGCCGUCUGAUGAGCUGCUUCCCGGCAGCUCGUCUGGCCCAACCCUCUCCCUUUUCUGUUUCGUUUGGAGCACAGGUGCGGCCAUUGUGAUCCCGACGCAAUGGCUGAAGGCAGUCGGUAUCCCGCGGCAGUCGACGUCGCCGCUGCUGAUCCCGACGCUUCCGCGACUGACUUCCUCCCGCUGGAUGAUAGCGACAGCAGCAACUCCCAGCCGUCGCCGAUGCAGGGCCCGGACGGCAAUGGCAAUGGCAAUGGCCAUGACUCCCCGUCCGAUGUGUCCAUGGAGGCCCAGUCCGAAGAUGAAGACGACGCGAUCAUCCCAACACCUCAUACACAUACGGUCCUCACUGAUGCCGCUGUCUCCACGACCUCCCAACCCGUGCUCGAUAGCCAGCCGGCCGGGAGUGUGUCCAAGAAACGCAAGUCCCCAGAGGAUACCUCGCAGCCCGAAACUAGCCCCAACACCUUGGAUUCGGUUAAAAAGUUGAGGUUGGAGCAGUCUGAGGAAGAUUCACAAGGUGACCAACGCUCUGGCUCCGUGGCUGAUAGGUCCGCUCUGCCCGCCGAGAUCUGGCAUCGCAUCUUCACUUUCUGUCCUCCUAGAAUUCUAGGAAGACUACUCUGUGUCAACCGCCUGUUCAACGUGUAUCUUGAUUCUUCGUCCAAGAUACGCUGCGAUCGGCCCAAGUCACCUCCCCGCAGCGCUGUCUCUCCUUUGCAGCCUACUGCGAUAUGGCAGGCCUCAAGACGCCGUUUCUGGCCCAGCAUGCCCAGUCCUCUGCAAGACAAGACUGAGGUCGCCAUGUGGCAGUUGUCUGUCCCUACCACAUGCCAACAUUGCCGUAAGCAAGGUACAGUGCACCAAAAGGACUUGAAGGACUUGCCCGAUCCAUGGCAGUCCGGCCCGGGAAACGACGGCGUUGCCAUCGUUUGGGCAUUCGCAACUCGAUCCUGUGGCGCUUGUCUCCUGAAAGAGUCAAUCAAGGAGAUCGAUAUCCUGCUGUCAUCGUCUUUUCCCAGCACCCUGGCCGCAGCUCUACCCUUCGUAUUCGUCACGCAGGAGCUGAAUGUCAUCCCGCCAGCCACGGUCGAACGGGCUCAAACACCACCGAGCACCUCGCUAACUAAAAUCUUUUGGUCUGAGCAUGUUGAGGCUUUGAAGCAAGAAUUCCUCAGUGUGAAAGCUCUGGGCGCUGCUACCGUAGAGGAAUGGUUGAAAGGUCUAGAAGGCCGUGGCCACGAACGCCGCAGCGACGCCCUUAGGUGGGAGAACUGGGCUGGCUCUGGUGGAUUGACCCAGAUGAGAAAUAUCUUAUAUCCGGGCUACCGACCUUGGGCGCCUGUCACUCUGCGCGCAGCUGCCGGCCCCAAGACGACAGCAGGCCAUGGAUCCAUGGUUCAGAUCCCCGGGCUAAACUCCGCUGGCAGUCACAGCCGCACAGCGACCCCCUCGAUAAGCUCAAGUCAACGGAACGGCAUCACCCCAGAUCCCUUCCGUCGCUCCUCAACUGGGACUGCCUCGUCGUUUCCGCCAGGCCGCCCUGAGAGGACAAAGGAGGAAGUUGCCGAGCUCAAGGCUGCUCGGAAAGCCGAGAUAGAGCGACGAGCGCUCGCGCUUGAUCCGCCUUUGGAGCCGAGCGUCCUGGCUCACAUACCUUCCUUUCAAGCUGCUCUCCAGAUCAUCACACCGUUGGAUGAGCAAGCGUGGGAGCUGCUCAAGUCGCGCCUUCUAGCUCAGAGAGCUGAGGCCGAGCAGAGGGAGAAGGAAAAUUCUGCUCAGGCGCUGCGGCAACAGGAAAUUGAUGACAAGCGUAACCUCGCCGCCGCCGCCAACAAGGAAGCUCGAGAAGCCGUGGACGCUGACUGGGACGAAGUCCAGGCACCAGUGCGAGCGCGCAUCGCCGGCUUUGCUGAUGAGAUUAUCCGUGAUGGCUGGGAGAACGGUGACAAGGUCGACAAGCCCAGCUGUUCCAAGUUCGCGGUGGAGGUUUUGACCUACAUUCGCAAGCGCUUCUAUGCGGAAGUCGCCAAGGACGCAGCAGCAGCUCGAGCAUCCGGGGCCACGCCUGUUAUCGACCCACCGCAAGGCCCGUUUACUCAGAAGUUGACGCUGGAGAACAUGAAGUGGAUUUUCGACAUGAAGAUCAAACCACACACUGAACGACAUCGGAAGGAAAUCUUCCUCUGCAACGGUUGUGAGGUCACCGUGAGGUACUAUGGCUUCGAAGGCGUCAUCCAGCACUAUGCUGCCAAGCACACGACAUCUUUGAGCAUCGGAAACGUAGUCGUGCAUUGGAGAGCGGAGUGGCCAGAGCAACCACCAUUCACCUCAGAGCCAAGGACUGCGAAGAAUAACUUUUAUCAAGGCCAGCAACACCCCGCCCACAAUGCGUACCAUCACGGUCUACCAGCAGCUCCUUCUCAGCCAUUCCAAACCCACCCGAAACCUCCAGCACCGGUCUAUGGAACAGCUCCGCCCUACAGUGAAGGCUAUGGACAGAGCUCGCACACCUCUUAUCCAGCCCAGGGCUAUGGGACACAACCCUACCCUGCCCCAGAUGUAUACCAGCCUCAACCUUAUCCUCCUGCUCCAGGGAACCCGCCAGGCUUUUCGGGUCCUCCUCCUGCGCCCCCAGGCCCGCCAGGGCUCCAAGCACCGCCUGCACCCUACAAUUACAAUUUUGGGGCGUACCAGGCCAAUGGACAGAUUAACUAUCAAGCAGUCCAAACGUCGACAUUUUCUCCACAGCAUCGGGCCCAGCUAGAGGACAUGGCGCGCAUGGCCCGGGAACUCUGGAAUGCAACUUCCAAUAUGAAGGAUACCCUGUCGAUUGUCAGGGUCCAAGUCGUGAUCCAUCAUCUUGCAAAGCGCUUCCACGCAAGAUUUGGUCUUCCAUUGCCUCUGGCGACUUUCAUCGAAGGCUUGUCCGACCACAAGGAUAUGAGACCGGUUCGUAACGUCAACGGUUUGGUAUGCAGGGUCUGCCAUCAGGGCGUAGGUGGCUAUGUCGCCUCUGAGCAAGAACGCAGGUCAUAUUCCCUGCCACAGCUGACGGCCCAUUUCCAAAGCAAGCAUGUGGAACCUUUUGUGCAAAUGGGCCAAUAUGGCCACCCACCUGAGUGGACGGUCGACAUGGUGUUGUUGCCAGAACCCACAGCGGUUACCAACCUACGCUCGGCUGUGAGCAUGGAUAGCCAGAAGUUCCACCUGGUGAACGAGGCGGUUCCACAUCUCUUGGGACCAGUCAACAUGCCGGAUCCCGUACCAAACGUGGCGCAAGCCUACCCGAGCCAGACUGAACAUCGUCAAGGUUACCAGAACGCGCCUCCGAGUGAUCAUGCCGCAUACUACGGACAUGCUCAGGCAAGCGGCUCCUCAGAAAACGGCGGCGCAGGCUUGUAUCAGCAUGCGCCAGCGCCUACUACACAGUAUCCCCACCAGCCACCUGGUACUUAUGACCAUGGCGUGUCUUCUCUAGUCGGAGUCAACUCGCUUGGUCCUAAUGGUCCAGCCCUCCCAGAACCCCCGGCUCCCGUCGCACAACCUGUGCCUGUACCUGUGCCUGUGCAUGCGGCUGCAGCUGUACACACGGCGCUGGGUCGAGAAAAUGAGCGGCGUUCAUCUCAAGGCUUCCGCCAACGCGAGCAGAAUGCUCGUCAAAAUAAGAAGAAGAAUAGGAAGGGUGCCCAAGGUAAUGAUGGAGAUCUAUUGAAACGGAAUGAGGAGGAGGAAAAAAUGGCCGAAGAAGAAGCGGAGCGUGAAGGGGAUGCUAUUCGAGCAAUGUGGGCAGCUGAUAGGGCCCAAACUGCCAGGCGAAGUGCCAUUCCAGAGGGCGACAAGGUCGAGAAGCCGGCGACAGAGAACACACCCUCCCGCCGUAACACACCCGGCAAUGCCUCAGCUCACAAUCCUCCCCAGGCCAAAGGAUCCCAGCGCAACGCUCACGGUGGCAGCGCUCAACGGCCCAAACAUGGCUCGAAACCAGGCACGCCUCAGCAGCGCCAGCGAGUCUAUUCUAGACCUCGAGACUCACCGAGCACAGACGCAGCAUCUCCCCGUGCUGGCUCAGUUGCGCCUAACCCAAGGGACGCAGCCUAUCGUGGCCAUCAGCAUCGGCUCUCCAACGUCAUAUAUAUGGAUGGUAACCGCGAUGAGCCGGAGGACUAUGGACAGUACAAGGAACCGCCCGUCCGGGAUGUUCAACCUCGCAGAUCCCGUUCCCCGGUCUACACGAACUACCGCCCACCUCCAGCACAGCAAUAUCGCCAGAGGAGCCCAGCUCGUCCAGAGCACGAAUACCAACACAUGCCUCCAGCGCCUCCCAGGGACGAUCCUCGCUAUGACAGACCUCCGCCACGUGAUGAUUACGACUAUCGCGGAUAUCCCGAGGGGCCAAUUCCAAGGCAACCUCCCCAAGAAUAUGUCGAAAUCGAGGUUAUCGAAUACCGAAGACCGGACGGGACCACGUGGAUCGAGGAGCGCCCUCUGCGCCGCAUCCCCAACCCCGAAGCUGAAAGGUAUUAUCGCGACGUGCCACCACCUGCAGCACCCUAUGAUCGUGGGGACCCUUAUGCCCCCGGGCCCCCACGGCGUGAACAGCUCCCACCUCCGCCUGCACAGAUGCUCGGGGACCCGUACCGCCCACCAUACGAGAGGGGAUAUUCUCGCGCGCCUGAGGGUCCUCCUCCGCCCCAGCCUGCCGCCGCAGACAGCUAUGACCCCCGGCAUCCUUCUGACGCGGCCCCAAGGCACUUCCAGCCCCCAUCUCGGGUCCCGCCCCAAGGCCCCCCGCCGCCGCCGCGGAAUGAUGCGGCUUUCUACGAAGAGGAGUAUGACCCCCGCUAUCCAGCUGGGGUGCCUCCGCCCGCGAGUGCUCCAAUCCCCACUGGUUCGAGACUGGCCAGGUAUCAAUAAUGUCGAUGGCGCUAUGUAAGGUGGCGGGUCUGCGUCCUGCGUUGACCCCCCGGGAGAAGUGUAUGUGAAACUUG